AUGGUGGGUGGAGAGGUCCUUCCUCAAGUGGAGGAGUUCAAGUAUCUCGGGGUCUUGUUCACGAAACUAAAUGACAACGUAGAGAAUCACCGCCAGCGACUAUCCGGGGACGACGUGGGGGGGAAACUGUUGAACCAGGAGCAACAGCAAAGUCACUGUCCCCUCAGGUUAAUGCGCAGCAGAGGGGCGGGAAUGUGUCGCUCUCUCGCUGCUUUAGUCAUUACAGAUGCUUUCAACCGGCUCGCCACGCUCUAG